AUUUUAAUUAUUAUUUUCGGUGGCUGUGGUCUUCCAUUCUCUCUCAACAACUCUCCAUUAUGAAUUUCCCUUUAAUAUAAUCUGUGGUUGCGGUGUUUCCAUAUCCAGAUAUCAUCAUCUCUCAUGAACUGAGGCUAAAUAAGUGAUCACGGUUUCAUACUACACUGCUCUCCUCUGUGCUCAAAGGAGAAGGUCUUAUCCCUUCCUUUUUCUAGGCUAAUGUUGUAGGUUAAACGUUGGACUAUUGUAGCAAAAGGAGUACACAUCCUUAUCUUUAUUGGCAGCUUCAAUAAUAGCCGCAUCAUCAUGGCACCAAAGCCAUUAGAUUAUGAAUCACUAAAUGAGAAUGUGAAGAAGUCUGUAUAUGCUGUGAGAGGAGAGCUAUAUCUUCGUGCUUCUGAGCUUCAAAAAGAAGGGAAAAAGAUUAUUUUUACAAAUGUUGGUAAUCCCCACGCUCUGGGACAGAAGCCACUGACUUUUCCUCGCCAGGUGGUAGCAUUAUGUCAAGCACCAUUCCUGCUAGAUGAUCCUAAUGUGGGACUUCUAUUUCCUGCGGAUGCUAUCGCAAGAGCAACACAUUAUCUUGCUAUGACAUCUGGUGGUUUGGGUGCUUACAGUGAUUCUAGAGGUCUCCCAGGGAUAAGAAAGGAAGUAGCUGAGUUUAUUGAAAGACGUGAUGGCUAUCCAAGUGAUCCAGAACUUAUAUAUCUCACUGAUGGUGCCAGCAAAGGUGUAAUGCAGAUCUUGAAUGCCAUAAUCCGUAAUAACAAGGAUGGGAUCUUAGUUCCAGUUCCACAAUAUCCACUAUACUCAGCUACAAUAGCUUUAUAUGGUGGUUCUCUUGUUCCAUACUACCUUGAAGAGUCUGCGAAUUGGGGUCUUGACAUAAAAAACCUACGCCAGUCAAUAAGUGAGGCCCGAUCGAAAGGAAUUGAAGUGCGAGCUAUGGUAAUUAUAAAUCCAGGCAACCCAACAGGUCAAUGUCUGAGUGCAGCCAAUAUUAGAGAAAUCUUGGAGUUCUGUUAUGUAGAGAAUUUAGCUCUUCUUGCAGACGAAGUUUAUCAGCAGAAUAUAUAUCAGGAUGAACGCCCCUUUGUAAGCGCUAAAAAGAUUCUGAUGGAGAUGGGUCUCCCAAUCAGCAUGGAAGUUCAGCUUGUGUCAUACCACACUGUGUCCAAGGGAUACUGGGGCGAAUGCGGACAACGUGGAGGAUACUUUGAAAUGACAAAUCUUUCCCCAGAGACAGUUGAUGAGAUGUACAAAAUCUCAUCCAUAUCACUCAGUCCUAAUGUUCCCGCACAAAUAUUCAUGGGUCUGAUGGUUAAUCCCCCAAAACCAGGAGAUAUCUCAUUCAUGAGAUUUGCUGCAGAAAGUAAGGAAAUUCUUGAGUCACUUCGUAGGCGAGCCCGAAUAAUGACUGAUGGCUUCAACAGUUGCCGAAAUGUUGUUUGUAACUUCACAGAAGGGGCCAUGUAUUCAUUCCCACAAAUACGCUUACCCCCUAAGGCAAUUGAAGCCGCAAAGAGGGCUGGAAAGGUCCCAGAUGUGUUUUAUUGUUUGAAGUUGCUGGAAGCGACAGGCAUUUCCACAGUUCCAGGGUCGGGUUUUGGCCAAAAAGAAGGGGUUUUCCACUUGAGAACAACCAUUUUACCUGCUGAACAGGACAUGCCUGAAAUAAUGGCCAGCUUUAAGAAAUUUAAUGAUGAGUUCAUGGAGCAAUAUGAACACCAUAGGGGCUAUUCAAGGAUGUAAAAAGACCCAAAUGGUCCUUUGUGCAUUGUAAUAUUCUUAUGUCUUGUUAUAAUGCUCUAUUCUUCUAAAUGAUUAUUCGUGACCGAUCCCUGAACAAGGAUUUAUGCAUACAUUAUAUUUAAGGUACGUCACCAGCAUUUAUAUAAUGAAAAUUUCUUCUUUAUAUUUUC